AUGGGCCAUGGGCAUGGGCAUACCGCAAUCUUCGACAAUCAGUAUCGCUUAAUCAAGCAGAUCCGAGGCGGAGGACAUAAGCUGGCGGAUCAGCAUGAAUUCUUGUUUUACGACGACGAUUCUGCCGUGUUUACUGUCUUCGAUCCCGAGAUCCGAGAUCUUACUCCAUACGGUGCCACAUCCGCGAGCCAGCAGUGGAUACUGGAUAAUAAGAUCCAGAAGGUCAACAUCUCGUCCAACCGAGUCUUGUGGGAAUGGAGCUCCCUAGACCAUGUGGAUCCCAUUGGAACAAACCUCACCCUCCAAAGCGGAAAUGCUGGACUGGGCACGAAUUCGUCCCAGGUUUGGCAUUACUUCUACAUGAACGCCUUUGAUGUGGAUCCAAAUACGGACACCUACCUGAUAUCCGCUCGGAGUAUGUGCACCAUAUUCAAAGUGGAUGGAGCAACGGGAGAUAUUAUUUGGCGCCUGGGGGGCAAGGAUUCAGACUUCGCCCUUGGAGACGAUGUUGAUUUUUGCUGGCAGCAUGAUACGCGGAUGCACCGGAAAUAUCUCAACUACGAAUCGAAGGGCUCGAAGGAAAUCAUAUCAUUCUUUGACAAUUCUGCCCAUGAAAACCCUGCCGGUGGUCCCGACCUGAAAGCCCGCAAAUAUAGCGCGGGGAAAGUUGUCGAAUUAGAUACUGCGACGAAGCAGGCCAAAUUGAUCGCCAUUUUCCGGGCGCCUGGGGAUCUGUCGGUCCGGUCUCAGGGCAACCUUCAGCUCCUUUCCAAUGGCAAUGCAUUUAUCAAUUGGGGGUAUAAUGGCGCCCUUUUGGAGCACAAGCCUGACGGUACUACUAUUUUCUAUUCGGGGUUGGACUCUGGGAAGCUUGGGCUUGGGACAGAAAACUAUCGAGCCUUCAAAUUUGAAUGGCAUGCUCUUCCAUACGAGGAGCCCGCUUUGAUGGCUUUCAAAGAGGCGAAUGGCACGUCAUUGUCUGUCAGUUGGAAUGGGGAUACGGAGACUCGGACUUGGAAGUUCUUUGAAAAGUUAAAUACAGGCAGACACUUUCUCGGUUCGUCGGCACGGUCUGGGUUUGAGACUAGCUUUCGGACGAGUAGGCACCCUGAGAACGUUAUCGCCGAAGCCUUUGAUUCCCAGGGCCGGCGGCUUGUUUCCUCGCCAGUGGCGAAAGCUCAACACUAUCGGCCGCGACUGUUCUAUUCAUGA